AUGUCGGAGCCCAUUACAAUCACCACUCCCCUGCGAUUGUUCAAAGGCCAUGAAGAAUGCAUAACUGCAGUCACAGUGUUCCCUGAUAAACGUCGGAUGGUUACGGGCUCGAACGACAGGACGCUUCAUCUGUGGGACUUGAAGACAGGUGUUGCGUUGAAGAAGAUGGAAGGGCAUCGCAAUUUGGUGUGGAGAUUGGCGGUAUCACGAGAUGGGCAAUUGAUAGCAAGCGGUGAUAAUGGUGGAGAUGUCAUCGUCUGGCACGGAGAAACUGGCGAAUCACUCACCAAAAUAAAAGCACACUCCGGUUCUAUCACCUCGCUGGAUUUUUCUCCCGAUGGAACAGUGCUGGCGACUGGUUCAUUUUGGGGAAAAAUGACGUACCUGUGGAAUACCACAGCCUGGCACCUGCAAGGAAAUCCAAUCGAGUGUGGUAUUUUUCUCUAUUGCGUACGGUAUUCACCGUCUGGAGAACUUCUUGCCAUCGCGACAAAACACGAUAUUCAAAUUUACAAUUCAGGCACAAGGAAGUGCGUCACAUCAUUCAAGGCUCACACAACAUUGAACUUGUCACUCGCAUGGACACCCGAUGGCACACGCCUUCUCACAGGCGGCUAUGGGGAUGAUCCUACUAUACGCGAAUGGGAUACAACACCCUGGAAGCAGGUCGGUGAUCCUUGGACGGGCCACACUGACCAAAUCAAUGCCAUUGCCAUUAAUCCUGCUGGUACACUCGUCGCAUCCGCAUCUAGUGACUACCAUGUUCGUCUCUGGCAGCUCUCAGAUCGACGAACCAUUGCCGUCUUCAAGCACUCAAUCGCCAAUUCAUGCGUCACUUUCUCCGUGAACGGCAAUCACAUCUUCAGUGGAGGUUACGAUAAGAUGAUCUCAGAGUGGACAACUAUUGCCACCACAACAGUCCGCGAUACAUGCAUAGAUCGAGACUUAUCUACUGACGAAGAACUCCUCAUGCAAGAUAUCAAUACCGACGCGAACAACCAUAUUCCCUACGUCCAUCGCUCAAAGGCAUCCAAGUUGGACGAUGCUCCCGAAGCUCAGAUACGAGAUCUGCGUCAGCAGUACGUCUGUCCAUCGGAAGCAGAAGACGCUAUUCGAGGAGCGGUUUCAAUUGAGCUCAGCAACGCCCCCCUUCGUCUGCUCAACACCUCUACGGGGAUUCUGUGCGACCGAGCAGCACAGCUGAACUCCUUCAAAACAAGUCCAGAGUACAAGGAGCUUUUGUCAUCCAUAACAAAGCGUUCGGAUCUCGACAUGGAACGCAUCAAGGAGGUGGUGGCGAUGUACUUCCGUUGCGUUUUGCUAUCACACAGGUGGGAAGAGACGGAGGUGCUGCUGCACCACAUCCAAAAUAAAGAUGUGCGCAAGUUGAAGGGACUUGGUGGCAUCACGAAACUGCUGUCGUUCUGCAAAGUCGCUCGUGAUGCGGGGUAUCUCUGGGCGUGGAUGGAUACAUGCUGCAUCGAUAAGAGCAACAACGCCGAGCUUGGAGAAUCGGUCCAAUCCAUGUUCGUCUGGUAUCGUCACUCGGCCCUCACCAUCGUCUACCUAUCCGAUGUCCCUCCUUCGUCCCAACCCGGUGCACUAGCAAGCAGUGUUUGGAACGAGCGGGGAUGGACCUUUCAAGAAUUUGUCGCUCCGAAAGUCGUUAGAUUUUAUCACAAGGAUUGGUCGUUGUAUCUCAACGAUCGCUCUCUCAACCACAAAGAGUCCCCAGCAAUAAUGAAGGAGUUGGAGAGUGCGACGGGAAUAGAUGCACAGGCCCUGAUCUCCUUCCGUCCAGGGAUGAGAGACGCUAGACAGAAACUGCAAUGGGCAUCGAAGCGCGUCACCACUGUGCAGGAAGACACCGCGUACUCGUUAUUUGGUAUCUUCGACGUCCACCUACCUGUCAUCUAUGGGGAGAGGAAGCAGAGCGCGCUCGGCCGGCUCCUGCAGGAUAUCGUGUCUCGGUCUGGCGACAUCACUUCCUUGGACUGGGUCGGACAAUCAUCCGAGUUCAACAGUUGCCUUCCAGCCGACAUCAUCUCCUAUGCAACCCCGCCAUACUCCCUACCAUCAUUGUCUGAAGAUGAGAUUCAGACAGCGGUCUCUUCGUUGCGAAAUAUUGUGCUUGUGGAUUUAGCUUCGAAGUUGUAUAAUCUACUCAAGAACACGAAUGCUCCCCUCUUUGCAAACUGCAGACUGCGUCUUCCUUGCAUCGCAUUCCGUGUCACGGAAGUCAAACGGAAGCGGGGUCAUACUGCCCAUUUCACGUAUGGAGUGAAAGCAGAGGGGCUUCGAGACUUGCUGAUCACCACGGACGAGACCCUAAUUCAAUUCUCGCGCACAAGGCCCACUCAGCAGACGUUCUUCCUUGUCCGUCCAUGGGACCGUCGUCUCCUCGGGCUGCCUGAUUUUUCAGAGCAGCCUACCUUUGCAGACGAAGGGGAAAGCGUAGGGGAUUGGUCCGAGUCUGGAUCAGACGACACUGACGAGCGGUCCAGCAACUCACCUGGAGAAGAGAAGUUGUCAGUUGACUCGGAUGUUCACUUACGAUCAUUGCGUUUGAUGGUGCACCUUGGGCAGGCUUUCAGCGCACUUUUGGUAGCGGAGCAACGCGUUGGAGAAUACAAGAGGGUCGCAUCGGACCAAUAUAUCAUUGCGCAGGUGAAAGACCCGGCUUCGAUUGACAUUAUGAACAUCGAGACCCUAGACAUAUUGUAGCUGAAUGGUUUUUUUACAACACAUCGACGAUCACAUUAUCAUAGCUUCAUAUAUCAUACAUACCCCGCAAAUGACCCUCGCGAAUACAAGAUUUCAAAAUUUGACAUGCAG